CGAUACAAACCCGAACUGAUAUAAACCGAAUUGAUACAAACUUAAACCGACACAAGCUCAAACCGGAACCAAGCCCGAACCAAAAAUCAAUCAAACCGAAAUAAACCCGAACUGACUCGAAUUGAACCCGAAUCGAUUAUAAAAUACGGAGUAGUCCGUAUAUCCUAAAGGACCUGAACCGAAACGACCCGCCCGGGAACUACCGAACCGAUUGACCCGUCUUAUUUAGACCUGAUUAUUAGACGUUUAGACCUGCCGUUGUCUUCUCCCGAUUCCGAUCGAUUCCAAGAAACCUGCCGUCGUCUUCUCCCGAUUCCGAUCGAUUCCAAGAAACCUUCUGUGAUGCAGCGUCUGAAGGACAUGCUCUUUUAUUGCGCCUACGAUGACAAGGGGGAGGUUGCCAUGGCUUAUGCCAGAGUGCCUGCUGCGGCCGGAGAUGCUGCCAUUCCGGGUCUGGACGUCGCUGUUAGGGUUCCAUUAUCAUUCCGACAGCUAGAGGAAGCCAUUGGCAGAGAAAUCUUGUGCGCUGAUCUAUUUUUUGUGAAUGAAUACCUUGUGGUGUGCCCACGAACUCCAAAAAAAAAAAUCAAGAAGGUUGGUUGGGUUGAUUGCAUAAUCAGCCACAAAAUAUGGGGGGCGUUAUUGGGCCUGGGGCUCCUCACAAUUCUCAGCAAAAAUAGUGCAACUCAUUCUGAUGCCAUCCGCUCUUGGGUUGAUAGCUUGAAGGACAGUGCCAAAAUAUUGACAGAUGGUAUUAAGGUCAUCAAUGAUGUUCGUGAAAAGUGCUAGACUUUCUUGGUAAUCUAAGAUUUUACUCCCUUUUAUGAACUAUAUGCAUAUAGCUGUGUGUGCACGGAUGAAAGAUUUCUUGGAAUUUUGAUUUUAAUUGCCAUGCCCCACAUGAGUCAUUUUCAAAUCAGCCACAACCUGCGAGGCACUGUGAAGGAAUCCUUUAUGUUACUGUAAUGAGAGCAUGCACUUGUCCCUUUACAUUCAUUUUAAGGCUUUGCUCUGCUCAAUCAAGGAUUCUGUUUUAU